CAGGGACUUUGGGCUCACUGAGUUUCGUUAGUGUCACUCACCGCCAUCCCACCACCAGAAAACACACGUUGAGAAAACCUCAAGAGCAGUGAUGGCGGAGGUAAUGGUGGAGGUUUUGGGCCUGGUCCUGGCUAUCAUCGGUUGGUGUUUCGAAUCGAGCAGCACAAACUCGGCCGUCUGGCGGAUAAGCACAAACGCAGACUCGGUGUCCAGAAGCAGCUCUCAGUACGAGGGCCUGUGGAAGAGCUGUAGCUCCAACAGCUUGGGAGUGCAGUGUGUGGUCCACCCUACCUCACUGGGACUACCUGGCUACAUACAGGCAUGUCGUGCAUUGAUGAUCAUUGCUCUCCUGCUCGGCCUCGUCUCGAUCCUCCUCUCUGUUCUGGGACUGAAGUGCACUAAACUGGGCAGCAUGUCAGAAACCAGUAAAGGAAAACUCACCCUCACUGCUGGAGUAAUAUUCAUACUGUCUGGUUUGUGUGUGCUGACUGCAGUGUCAUGGUACGCAGACCGCGUCAUCAAGGAGUUCAAUGACCCCCUCUAUUUAGGAACAAGGUCAGAGUUGGGUUCUGGUCUGUAUUUGGGUUGGGCUGCAGCAGUGUGUGUGAUUUUGGGAGGAGGAAUGCUGUGUGGAUCCUGCAAGAGAGCAUCAGCACCCAAACACCCAAGUGGUUACACGUAUAAAGCCGCUUCUGGAAAGCAGAUCUUUAAACAAGGCGUUCAGUCGGAGAGCAGCAUCUCCAGAGCUUACGUCUGAUAUCACUUUAGACUCCUUUAAACACUUUAACCUAAACCUGUCUGUAAAACCUGCUGUGUGUACAUGUAUGUUUUGCUUGUGUUGUGUCUAAUGUUACACGUUUAGACUCUCUAACACUGUAUGUUUGUUUCACUGUGUAUUGAGUCCUGAGUGUUGGUUUGAAUAAAUAUGAUGGCCAGCCAUUAAAACUGUAGUGUGGAACUUUUUGGGUAUAUGAAUCUUAUUAAAGAAAUACGUUAUACACGACUCACUGUUAAAAUAAAUCGUACUGUGUUCUUUUCUCUUGAGCAAAUUGUUUUGCUGGAAAGUCAAAACAUAAUGUCCGGGUAGCGCUUAAGGUUGCAGUGUCAAUACAUAACACAUGCAAAUUAUAUUAGCUCCAGAUCUUAGCAUUUUAGUCUUUACUGUAUGACUCAAAGCAGUGCAAAACAUAUGAAAAGAAAAGAGGAAUUUAUUUUUAGGAUAUAUGUACCUGGUAAUACAUUUGUAAUUAGAUUUGUGUAUUGUUAUCUCGUGUAUUGUUGUAUUCUUGCUGUGCUGAAUUAUGUAAAUUGUGAAUAAAUCUGAAUAAACAAA